CCGCUACCCACGUGAUUCGCUCGCUUGCACUUCACCGUACAACGGCGUCGCUGCUUUUCCCAGUUCAGAGGGUGACUCGAGCCGACAGUAAUUUCGGUAUGUCCACGCAGGGAGGCACGGAAUGAAGCCGUGGUGCCGCGGAUGAUGUGUCGAUUUAAUUUAGGUGUGCGCUUCUGCACCCUUUGAACGCCGCGGCCUAGAAGACGACAGGCCGGGGAGUCUGUGGGGGUGUUGGAGGGGCGCGCUUGUACAGCACCUCUGCUCCACCGUUUGACCCACCACCUCUUUUUCGUUUUCAUUGGGGGCAGUUUUUUUUUUAAACCGUACUCGCCCCAGUUUUAUACUUUUGUUGUUUUUUUUUCUGGAUUUGAGAAGAGUAAUGCAAGCGGAAACCGCAACCAUGCGCGUGUCAGAAAGUGAAGGAAGACUCGAACUCUACGGGCAGAACAGGAGCGCUGGGAGAGGCGGCUCGAAAGGCUGGCAGUACAGUGAUCACAUGGAGAAUGUAUAUGGCUAUCUUAUGAAAUACACAAAUCUUGUCACAGGAUGGCAGUAUCGGUUUUUUGUCCUAAAUAAUGAUGCAGGAGUACUAGAAUAUUUUGUAAAUGAGCAGUCCAGAGGCCAAAAGCCUAGGGGGACAUUGCAUCUUGCAGGUGCUGUUAUAUCACCCAGCGAUGAAGAUUCUCACACUUUUACAGUUAAUGCAAUCAGUGGAGAACAGUACAAGCUUCGAGCAACAGAUGCAAAAGAGCGACAGCACUGGGUUAGCAGAUUACAGAUCUGCACCCAACAUCACACAGAAGCCAUGGGCAAAAAUAAUCCACCUCUAAAAUCUCGCAGUUUCUCGAUCGCCUCACAAGGCUGUAGCAGCUCACCAAUACUACAGAGAAGGUCCAGUCAGAAUAUGGCUUCUUUCUUCAGUGUGUCACAACAUAAAAGUUUGACAGUCAAAAGAUCUCAACAGCCUGACCACUUAGUGGAUGUCCAGGAGAUGAUGUCACAAGCUGAAGGACAGCAUAAGGACUUGAUCCAGAUGAUUGAAGGUUUACCAUCCUCUGUUGAUGUCUCUCCAUUGGACCAGGACCUACUUAUGCUAAAAGCAACUUCAAUGGCUACCAUGAACUGCUUGAAUGACUGCUUUCACAUUUUACAACUCCAACAAAUUGCACAACAGAAAUGUUCUCUACCUGGGGCAGCAACUAUUGAGUGGCUGGAACCUAGGCUUCCUCUCUCGGAUCACCUUAAAAAUGGAAGUACUCACCAGAGUUUCUCAACUGAUGACAGCAAGUCAGAAGAUGCAUGCCACAACCAGGUUAUUACAGAACAUGUUGAUUUAACCAUGGAACAAGAUGAAAUCGACACAGAUGAUGAACUAGAGGAUACUUUUGAUGACAAAGAGGAUGACUUGGGUGCUGUGGAAGAACAACGCAGUGUUAUCUUACACCUGUUAUCCCAGCUAAAGCUGGGGAUGGAUUUGACAAGAGUGGUUCUUCCUACAUUUAUUUUGGAAAAGCGCUCAUUAUUGGAAAUGUAUGCAGAUUUUAUGUCUCAUCCAGAUCUCUUCAUUGCUAUUACAAAUGGCGCAAGCCCAGAGGAGCGAAUGAUACGAUUUGUGGAAUAUUAUCUCACUUCUUUCCAUGAAGGGCGCAAGGGAGCCAUAGCAAAGAAACCUUACAACCCCAUAAUAGGAGAAACCUUCCGCUGUUCAUGGAGGAUACCUAAAGAUAAAAUUUCUUCACAGAAGAGUGGUGUCUCCUCAUCACAAUGCAAUAUGAACAAGUCUGGCUCAGAAGGAUCAAAAGAGUUGUCAGAAUACUAUCACGUGAGAUUCAUUGGAGAACAGGUUUCCCAUCAUCCACCUGUGUCUGGAUUUUAUGCAGAAUGUGAGGAGAGGAAGAUGUGUGUGAAUACUCAUGUAUGGACAAAAAGCAAAUUCAUGGGAAUGUCUAUUGGAGUUUCAAUGAUUGGUGAAGGCAUUUUGUGUCUUCUAGAGCAUGAUGAAGAAUAUUUGUUUACUCUGCCUUGUGCAUAUGCACGGUCCAUACUCACUGUACCCUGGGUUGAACUAGGUGGAAAGGUCAGUGUCAACUGUGCUAAAAGUGGGUACUCGGCAGCCAUUACCUUCCAAACCAAACCUUUUUAUGGAGGAAAACUGCACAAAGUAACUGCAGAAGUGAAGCACAAUCCUACCAACAUGGUUGUCUGCAAAAUUCAAGGAGAAUGGAAUGGUGUUCUAGAAUUCACAUAUAGCAAUGGUGAGACAAAAACUGUUGAUGUUACUAAACUUCCUGUAACACGGAAGCGGGCCCGUCCCAUUGAAAAGCAAGGAGCAUAUGAGUCAAGACGAUUGUGGCAGAAUGUAACCGAUUCACUGAGAGAAGGAGAUAUAGAUAAGGCAACGGAGCAUAAGCGCUUACUGGAGGAAAGACAGAGGACUGAAGAGAGGCAUCGGAGAGAAACAGAAACACUAUGGCAUACUAGAUAUUUCCAAAGAGAGGGUGAAGGUUGGGUAUAUAAGAAGCCUUUAUGGAAAGCCUGCAAAGAAAGCACCUAAUACUCUGCAUGGCCUUUAAAUACAGAUGCUCUUUCAGUUAAGCUCAAAGUGACUGCAUUAGGCUUUAAUUUAGCCAUAAUGUGUGUUGUAUUCAGAUUUAGAUUUUUUGUUUUUGUUAAUGGUUGAUGAAGAUUAUGAAACAUCAUCUUUCUCCAUUAGCAGCAUUCACAAGUAUAGGUUUAUACUGUUAAAGGCACUUUAAAAUUUACUUUGAGUAAGAAAAAAGGUGCAUAUUUUAUAAUAUUGGACACUUUUGUAUUUACAAGUUAUAAGACUGGUGGUCUUCAGAUUUAAAUGUUCUCUUGCACAUUUUAAGAGGUACUUUUAUCAGUGCUGCCUUAAGAAUAUGAUGGCCUUUUGGCAGCUAGGAAAUUCACCACUGUUUUUCAUUAGCUUAAUUAAGUGGACUUGUAAACUACAUUUUUAAUGUAUCAGGGAGUUUGAACGCACAAUGCUAAUAUACAAGUGAUGGAAAUGAGAGGUAAAAUUGCUUGUACACUCUAUAAAUCAGUAACUUUUGAUAACCUUCAUCAAUGUGCAAAUGCUGAAUAUUAUGUCAGGAAAAUGGAUGCCUAAUCAACUUGCAUUUGAAGAUGAAGCAGCAGCUUCAUUGUGAAUUGUUAAUAUAUAAUUUUGUUUUUUAAUUCUGCAGUGCUGAACUAGAGACAAUAAAGUGCAGCUUCUGUCCCCUUAUACACCUGAUUUCAAAUAUACAAACUGACAUCUCAUUUGUUAUAUAGAAGUUGUUUUAAUCUUAAUAAAAAGCUUAAUAAAGACAGAAUUGAAGCCCUAAUCCAAAAUGGGUAGGUAUGAUGAUGAUUAUCUAGGGUUUACUGUUGUGCGUAUUCAGUGUAUCCACUUCUACAGUACACUGUGCAGCUGUUUGUUUUAUUGCAAAGCUGUUCAUACUGUAGUGCAGUUUGGCUCUAACUACUCCAUACUACUUCAGGCAUCAAAGAGGAUUUGGAAAAGAUCAUUGGUGACACUCAGAUUAAAAUGAUCAAACCUAAAUAGCUUUAUUGUUUUUUUACAACAGAAAAUGAGUAUGUGUGGAUGUAUAUAUUAUAUACUGUAUAAAUAUAUAUAUAUAUAUAUAUACACACACACACAAAUACAAAGGUGACAUUUAACUGCCAUGUAUUAUGGUUAAUGUGUGUUAGUGUAUUCUUGCUUUUAUAAUGACUUUCUUCAAAUGUUUCGAAGAAAUUCUGAACUGCCAAUAACAUCCAUCAUGUUUAAAAUUGUUUUAUAAUGUGUUCAGUGUUUAAAAUUGCCGCCUUAAAAAAAAAAAAACCUUUGCUGCUAUUAAACUUUGUGCUUUUUUGUGGGUUAUUUUUGAAUGUUUUCUGUUGACAGUUGCCUUCUGUAAUUAUUCUUUAUUUGUAUUUUAUUAAUGUUCCAUUUAAGCACAAGCAAAUACUGCUUGCAAAAUGUCUCACAGUCCACAUGCAAGCAAAAUCCAUCUCUUAUGUGAAGGAGACUAUGGAAAUUUCACCUUAAAAUCUUUCAACAAAUCUUUGGCUUAAAAAGACUGAAUAAACAGCAGUAAUGUUUUUGUGUGUGUGUGUGUGAGAGAGAGAGAGAGAGAGAUUGGAUAAUGGUUUGGUCACUUACUCAACGUGCAAAUGCUGUAAUUGUACAUAGUUUAUUUAUAAAUCUUCAAAGGAUUAUCCAUUUUAGAAGGAAUGGAAGAGCUCGGAAGAUCAUGUUUUGCUUAUCUGUGGGACUGUUUGCAUGUGGGAUAUUUUUCCCUAGGAAAUCAUGACAGAUAAAGUCAUUUUUUUAUGUAUUAACUGUCAUUAUUAUCAGAUAACUAAAUCUGCAGUGUGGUGCCUUACUCUGUUCCUCCUAAACAUUUGUCUUCCAGUCAAUGUAUAUAUCAUAGUGUAUUUGCAGUACUGUUGAGGAAAUGAUUUGUUCAUGGAAUACCCAAACAUCAUUAGUGUACUCACAAUACUGUACUUUUAUUUUAUAUUUUUCUGACUUUCUCCCUCUUGCGUUUAGGCAAGAACAUCACUUUACAGAUUUGCAAACUCAGAAAUAAAAGUUUGUUAAAUCUUGGUAAAAUACACUUAAUAAAUGUUGGCAUUGAGGAGACUGAGUGGGUGUAUGCAGAUGACUUGUUAUUUAAGAGUUCUGUACAUUUUGUUAAGCUGUGAAUUGCACUGAAAUAAAAUAAGAACAACACUUCUUGUAGUCUUAGAUGUGUGUGGUGACUAAGUAAAUAAAAGUCAGUUUAAAGCUA